CUCUGGGGAGUGGGUAGAGCGUCCUGCAUCCCCCUGAGGAUGGUUGAAGUACAGUGCUGGGGACUUGUUUUGAUGCCCUGAUGCCUAAGAGUAUUUGGAUGGCACGGUGUCUGAGGACUCCAGCUGUCCUGAUGAUAGCCUAAGAAGAUUGCAUGCUGUUCCCUCUCAGCGCCAAGCCAAGACCAUUCGGAACCUUGGCUCUCAGUUCUUCAUGGAGACCGGCUCCUGGCAGGAAAUUGGCAUCCCGAUGGUUCCUCCAAGUGACGUUGUCUCUGGCUGUGGGCUGACUAGAGGACACGUCGUGGCCAGGCCAGCCCUUUGUCAGUCAUCUGGGUCGGGGCAGCAUGUUGCGGGUUCAGAGGAGGAAGCUUCUGGCCUCUUGCCUGUGCAUGACAGCGACUGUCUUUCUGAUGGUCACACUCCAGGUAGUGGUUGAGCUUGGGAAAUUUGAAAGGAAGAAGUUUAAAAACUCCAACGUGCAAGAUGGACACAGAGGUGUGGAGGGUGAGCCUAAACACCUGAAGCCGUUUCCUGAAAAGGAAGCACUGGCCUUGGCUGGGAGGACCAAGGUGGAUGCUGGUAGCUACCCCAUCGUGCUGUGGUGGUCCCCCCUGACUGGAGAGACUGGCAGGCUCGGCCAGUGUGGGGCAGAUGCUUGCUUCUUUACUAUCAACAGGACCUUCCAGCAUCAUCCGAUGACCAAGGCCUUCCUCUUCUACGGUACUGACUUUAACAUAGACAGCUUACCUCUGCCUCGGAAAGCCCAUCACGACUGGGCCCUUUUUCAUGAAGAGUCCCCCAAAAACAAUUAUAAGCUCUUCCAUAAACCAGUCAUCACCUUAUUCAACCACACGGCCACGUUCAGCAGGCAUUCCGACUUGCCGCUGACUACGCAGUACCUGGAAGGCCUGGACGUCCUGAAGUCACUCAGAUACCUAGUUCCUUUACAGUCUAAGAACAACCUAAGACAAAAACUGGCCCCACUGGUAUAUGUUCAGUCAGACUGUGAUCCACCAUCAGACAGGGACAUCUAUGUCCGGGAACUGAUGGCAUACAUUGAGGUUGAUUCCUAUGGCGAGUGUUUACGGAACAGAGAGCUUCCUCAGCAGCUGAAAAACCCAGCCUCUAUGGAUGCUGAUGCUUUCUACAGAGUCCUUGCCCAGUAUAAGUUCAUCCUGGCCUUUGAGAAUGCGGUCUGUGACGAUUACAUCACAGAGAAGUUCUGGAGACCGCUGAAGCUGGGGGUCGUGCCUGUGUAUUACGGAUCCCCCACCAUCGCAGACUGGCUUCCAAGUAACCGAAGCGCCAUUCUUGUAUCGGAAUUCUCUCACCCCAGAGAGCUGGCGAGCUUCAUCAGGCGGCUGGAUUAUGAUGACGGGUUGUACGAGACCUAUGUCGAGUGGAAGCUAAAGGGCGAGAUCUCUAACCAGCGGCUUCUGACAGCUCUCCGGGAACGGGAGUGGGGCGUGCAGGACAUUAACCAGGACAAUUACAUUGACACGUUCGAGUGUAUGGUGUGCCGCAGGGUGUGGGCAAACAGUAGGCUACAGGAGCAGGGCUUACCACCCAAACGAUGGAAGGCGGAUGUUAGCCACUUGCAUUGCCCAGAGCCUGCCUUGUUCACCUUCCCAUCUCCAGCUUCUCCGGCCCUACGUGGGAGAUCAUUGCGAGAGCUGUGGCUACCUAGCUUUCAACAGUCUAAGAAAGAAGCCCAGGCACUGAGGUGGCUGGUGGAUAGGAAUCAAAAUUUUUCUUCUGAAGAGUUUUGGGCUCUAGUAUUUAAGGACUAAUUUUAAAAGGUACUAGACUGACAGAGUAAGCUUAAUUCUCUUGGUGGCCUUAAUAUUUGAAGAUGGAAGAUGAUGGCUAAUCUACUAAGUAUCCUUUAGGGUAAGAAGUCAUUGUGGCAGUUCUCACAAAGAGCACUGGCAAGUAGUAGCUGAGAAUUACCUUUAGGGGUUGUCUCUGUAUUUUUAUACUAAAAAAAAAAAAAAGAAGAGUAAGCUUUUAAAAAUGGACAUUGGUUGCCUUCAGGUUAUGCAUUUGGACCCAGGUACUGGCUGUCUUCUUUGGAAACCGACCUGAGCUUUCCUUGCUCCACACAUCUAGCUGUGAGUGCCUGAUACCCACCUCCCUGUUCGCAGCUCCUUGGUCCUCCACAAGCCCAGUUGGUUGAAUGAAUGAACCGCAUUGGAACUUGGCAGUCAGAGCCUCCUCCUGUCGUUCUUGGGGACACGAGUGAGUAAGAAAAGCUCUGUCAAGCUCCUCUGGUCCCCAAGUCCCAAGGCCUGGGACACGUGCGUGUCUUCCUUCCUCUCCACACCUGCAAGCCACCUCGCUAGCCCCGCCUAACUUCACUUCACCCGUGCCCUGUUCUUGUUUCCCUCGGAAGGGGAAUUUUUCUAUAAAGACAUAACUUCUCCUGGUUUCUCCAUCAGUGAGAUGUCGCUCAUUGUUUCUUAUACUACGAAGGCAGCAGAGGGAAAGUAGUCAGUUUCAUGGCAACCGGCCAUUUGUUUUGAUAGUUGUGGGGUGAGAAUGCCCUGAGCUCUCCUCUGGUUUGAAGCUGAGUUCU